AUGAACGAAACAGAAAUAAUCCCUGGCCCUCGACUGGACAUGUGCAGGAAGUACUCGAAACUACCGAUGGACAUAAGUCAUUCGAAGGUUAGGUGGAUCUUUUGGGGCGGGAUUGGUGCCUCUGUUGUCAUACUAUGGAUUUGUGGAUAUGCGUUUGCGCGAACGAUUAAUCGAAGAAGGAGACUUCUAAAGUACCAGCGUAUAUGGGAGAAUGAAGAUCCAUGUAAAGCUCACGCGACGGAGUUAACAGACUCAAGACUCGUCCAAAAAUAUCGAUCCAGAGUCAAGAUCACUUUUGUCAUCUGUUUAAUAUGUACACUCCUGACAGCUGGGUUGACCGUUUGUAUCGCUUUUGCAGGACUGGCACUUCAAUUCUGCGAUGGGGAGGAGAUGUUCUUCCUCGUCUGGUCCUUCUGGCCACUUCUGGCUCUCGGUGCUGUAAUUGCUGAAAUCGGCGUUUGUAUAUAUCUAUGCAAGAUCCUGUGCAGGAAAAAGGAUGAGGUCCCAUGGGGUACGGCAAUGGGAACGCCAAUUCUGAUUCUGGCAACGGUUGGGUAUUGGGUCCUAAGGGGAUUACAUACGCUUCUUCGAUAUUGGUUUCCGUGCGUCUGGAGCCCGACGGAUGAUGCAGAUCUUGGUUUCCCAAGAGGCCGCCCACUCGACGAGGACGAAGACAGAAGCACGGUCAUGGCGACAGAUGCAUUCAUGGACAAUGAAGACGACGAAGAACACCAAUACGACCUGGAAAGCUUUCCUAGAAGUAGGCCAUGCAGUCCUCGCCGCGUGUAUCCAGGGACUCGGUCAUGGAGAGGAUCUCAGAAUGGGUUAAUUCCUCGAUGUCCUGCACCUUGCUGUCGGGCAAGGUCACUGUCAUUCUGA